AUGAGCUCCUCCAAGUCCACUGCUCCUAUGGUUGACGACUCUAUGGCCAAUGGCGCCAAUACAGACCAGCCUGUCCAACAAUCCCCGAACAUGCCAUCCAACAACGAUCAGCAGCUCGAUCUAGUGCCUUCUAACUUUAACUUCAAUGCCAUGUCGGGUGACCAAGAACACGGCACUUUGCCUGACUACUCUAUGUUUGAUGGCGGGUCGACAUAUGACUACACCAGCACCAACAACAUGAUCGGCGACGACAUGGCCCUGAGCAAUCAUUUUCCUCGUGACUACCAGGAGGCCGCCGAUGCGAAGACGCCUGGUUAUCCCGGCUACAACUACCACUCGUCUCCAGCCCAAGUCGGCCACGAGUUCCAACCUUCUUAUGGCGCUCAGGUGCCUUUCGAACCCUCGCUCAGCACUUACGAGGCAAAGACACCUUACGUCGCCUCCUACAGCUCGCCUCACCAGUCUCUCACUGCGAACUCCAACCAGAUCUCGGAUCUCAACCUUGACGUCGGCGGAAACAACCCUCAGCCUUCUGGCGGCUUGUUCUUCGGCGCUCAGCCACUCGUCGAUUUCUCCUCCGGCCCUCAAGAAGCCGACUUCUUCCCCCUCGUCAGCCCUAUGGACACAACAUUCCCUCCUUCAGCACCUCCUACUCCCGCCACCCAGCCAGUCUCUACCAAGAAGGGUUCUACUCCUCGUAAAGCCAAGACCAAAGCUAUGGCAGCCAUAGUUGGUGAAGAAGCCAGCGAGGGCGAGGGCCGUCCACUCCUCACCUCUCGCGCUAAGGGAAAAGCUAAGGCGAAGACAACUACAGCCGGGGACGAGCACGGUGAACAUGACGCCAAUGCAGAGACCCCUGCUACUAGCUCCGCAAAUAAGGGCAAGGGUCGUAAGGGAGCUGCCGCCGACAAGACCUCGACCAACACUCCUAUCAAGAAGCUCAAGAAGAAGACUCCCAGGAAGAAGGUCGCAACUGAUACAUUGAACUCCAUGGGCCACCAGCGCCUCCGUAAAGCAACUCAAGGUGGCAUUGCCCAGACCAAGCCUAUCCCUCACUCUUUCGACGAAUGUGACGAGGCUGACCAGACCUUGAUCACCAUGCGCGAAAGCGGUCACACCUGGGCCGAGUGCAAAGAACGCUACGCCGAGAUGGAAGGCGUCGUCCACGGUGCCAGCACAAUCCCCAACCGCUACGAGCGCCUCAAGACCGCCUUCAUCAACAUGCGCGACGAAGACAACCUCCGCCUCUUUGACGCCAAGAAGAAGAUCGAAGAAGACUUUGACCAGAGAAAGUGGGCCUUGAUUGCCGCAGAGAUUACCAACGAGGGUGGUGACACCUACCACCCUCAAGACUUGAGACGUCGCUUCAAGCAGCUGAUGGAGAAGAGCGGUUUCGAUGCCGAAAGCUUGAUGGCUAGAAAAGACAAUGACUUCAAGGCCGAGGAAGCUGAUGUGGAUGAUGAGGAUUUAGAGGAAGGGCAGUAUGAUGCUUACGGAGGCGGCGAAGAGCAGUUCGAGUACCCUCAGAUGGACAUGGAUGACGGGGAUGAUGAUGGCGUUGGAGGCUCGUUUGCCUACUGA